CUCCCCUUCCCGCCCCGCCCUCCCGGCUCCACGCGCGCGGCUCCUCGGGGCCUUUUCCCAGGACUGGGCCUGGACCGUGGCUUCUGGGCCCCUCGGUGCUGCUCGCCAAAGUGAAAGUGAAAUGAGGAAGGACGGCCGAGUGGUCUGCAGGAGAAGAGUAAUUAGUGUGAACCAUCUGUGUCAAGAUUCACAUUAAGCCUCACCACCCUCAGGGUCGCUUAAAAGACUGGAGUGAAACUACGGAGACUGUCGUUGAGGAGGAAGAAAGAGGACAGCCCUCCUGAUUUUUUAGAGAUUGGGUGGAGAACUCUUCCCAUAUCAUUGAGUGUUCUCUAGUCAGAGGACUUUAAACUGCUGGAUUUCUCACUUGGUUUUCAGCUGUGGUCAGAACACUUGAUAUAGCCUUUCUCCCUCUGGGGGGAAAGAAAACAACAUCCUCUCCUGCACACAUUGUCAGACUCAUGAGGCCACAACUGACAUACAUGCUGGAAGGAGAAAGUGCUCUGUGGUGCCUUGUUUUCUCUUUUGAAUUACGUCCUCCUGAGACUGUGGCUGACCCUAGGCCCAUGGCGUUCCUGCAUGUGAUUGACGUGCGUGAUUAGCAGGCUAGUGAGAGAACCAGGGAAAUUGCUGUCAAAACAAUUACAUACAGGGACAUCAGAACAAUGGCUUGAGAGCCCCCAGGGACUUAGAGACCAUCCUAGCUCUGCCACGCAUGCCCUCUGGGACCGUGGCCAAGUCACAUCAUCUCUUUGUGUCUUCGAUUUCUUCCUGGUGUGAUUAUCUUGGAACAAAGCCUGCUUCCUAGGUGUGAGCCUAUGCAGUUACCCUGGGACCCACACUCAGAAAGGGCAAAAUGAAUCUGGAGUUGCUGUCCAUAAUGAGAGAAUAUAUUUAGUUGAGGAACAUGCAGUUUGGACAAAUGAGCCUCCAGCUUGUGUCCAGAUAAAUCAAAAAUGGCAGAACUCUUUAUGGAAUGUGAAGAAGAAGAGUUGGAACCAUGGCAGAAGAAAGUAAAAGAGGUUGAUGAUGAUGAUGAUGAUGAGCCGAUCUUUGUUGGAGAGAUAUCAAGUUCAAAACCAGCAAUUUCAAAUAUUUUGAAUAGAGUAAACCCCAGCUCAUAUUCAAGGGGAAUAAAGAAUGGUGCGCUCAGCCGAGGUAUUACUGCUGCAUUCAAGCCUACAAGUCAACACUACACGAACCCAACAUCAAAUCCAGUGCCUGCCUCGCCAGUAAAUUUUCAUCCUGAAUCUAGAUCUUCAGAUAGUUCUGUUAUUGUUCAGCCUUUGUCUAAACCUGGUUAUAUAACGAAGUCAUCACGAGUUGUUUCUAAUAAUUCUUCAGAGUUACUGUUUGACUUGACCCAGGAUACAGGAUUACCACUUUACCAAGGAGGACCAACACUUUCUAUAGCAGGUAUGAAUGAAAGUUCAUUUUUAUCAAAACGUCCUUCUACUUCUGAAGUAAACAGUGUUAAUCCAAAAAAGUCUAAACCCAGUGAAGGUGUUUCUGGAACAAAUUCCUCAACUGUAUUUUCUUCAGUUAAAUCUCUUUCAGUGACAUCUCCCCAGGCUAUGCCAUCAAAAGGUACAAAUAUCUCAUCAAAUCAAUCUAAAAAUGGAACACCUUUUCCGAGAGCUUGUCCAAAGUGCAAUAUUCAUUUCAAUCUUUUGGAUCCUUUGAAAAAUCACAUGAAGUACUGUUGUCCAGACAUGAUAAAUAACUUUUUGGGACUGGCUAAAACAGAAUUUUCAAGUACAGCAAAUAAAAGUAAGACUGUUGAUUCAGAAAAAGGAAAACUGAUCAUGUUAGUUAAUGACUUUUAUUAUGGAAAACAUGAAGGAGAUGUCCAGGAAGAACAGAAGACUUACACAACCUUUAAAUGCUUCAGUUGCUUGAAAAUUCUUAAAAAUAAUAUCAGGUUUAUGAACCACAUGAAACAUCAUUUGGAACUUGAGAAGCAGAGCAGUGAAAGCUGGGAAAACCACACCACCUGCCAGCACUGCUACCGUCAGUUUCCCACACCAUUUCAACUGCAGUGUCACAUUGAAAGUACACACACACCCCAUGAAUUUUCUACCAUUUGCAAAAUAUGUGAAUUAUCAUUUGAAACAGAGCAUAUUCUUUUACAACAUAUGAAGGACAAUCAUAAACCUGGUGAAAUGCCAUAUAUUUGCCAGGUUUGCAAUUAUAGAUCAUCAUCAUUUUCUGAUGUAGAAACUCAUUUUAGAACAUCCCAUGAAAACACUAAGAACUUGCUAUGUCCGUUUUGCCUCAAAGUUAUUAAAAUUGCAACACCCUAUAUGCAUCAUUACAUGAAGCAUCAGAAAAAAGGAAUACAUCGUUGUACAAAAUGCAGACUACAGUUUUUAACAUGCAAAGAGAAAAUGGAUCACAAGACUCAGCAUCAUCGGACAUUUAUAAAACCUAAACAACUAGAAGGAUUGCCUCCAGGAACAAAAGUUACUAUUCGAGCUUCAGUUGGCCCUCUUCAAUCAGGAUCUUCAACUACACCUACCAUUAGUGCAAGCACUUCUACCCUUCAGCUCUCACCUCCAAGGACUAAAAAUAUAACUGCUAAAAAUCCCACAAAAUCUAACACAAGUAAACCUAAUAUAACUAAAUCCAUUGCAAGUAAACCUAAUGCAAGUAAGCCUAAUGGAAGUAAAUCUAAAUACAAAUCAAAAAUAUCUAAUAUGCAAAAGAAACAAAGCACAUUGGCUAGUAGCAAUAAAAAAAGUAAAGUCAAUACAGCAUUGAGGAAUUUAAGGUGUCGUCGGGGAGUUCACAAGUGCAUUGAGUGUUGUUCUGAAAUAAAAGAUUUUGCAAACCAUUUUCCUACAUAUGUCCACUGUAGUUUUUGCAGAUACAACACUAGCUGUAGCAAAGCCUAUGUGAAUCAUAUGAUGAGCUUUCAUAGUAAUCGUCCAAGUAAAAGGUUUUGUAUCUUUAAGAAGUAUUCAGAAGAUCUCAGGGGCAUUACUCUAGUGUGCCUUAAUUGUGAUUUCCUAACUGAUGUUUCUGGCUUAGAUAAUAUGGCUACACACUUAAGUCAACAUGAAACUCAUGCUUGUCAAGUUGUAAUAGAGAAAGUUUCUGUUUGUAUCCCAACUUCUGAACAUCUUUCUGAAUUAAAAAAUGAAGCUCCCACUAAGGAACAAGAACCUGUGUCUGAGGAACUUACAAGACCUAAUAUGGCUGAAGGAGAAACAGAAACAUCAAAUUCUGAAAGUAAACAAGAUGAAGCUUCUUCAGAGGAAAUAAAAAAUGGAUGUGAUGUGCAUUUAUUCGAAGGCUCAUCAACAACAAAAUGUGAAGAAGGUGUAUCAGGUUCAGAUAAAGAAAAUGAUACCUGUCUUGAAGACCAGCAAACUGGCUCAAAGAAUAUCUUCAGUUAUGAUUCAAUUAUUGAUGCAGAUAAGGUGGAAAAGGAAAAACAAAUAGAGCACAUUUGUCAGGAAACAGAGUUGAAGAGGUGCCAAAGUUCAGAAAACCUCAUUGCACGUGAUCAGAUUGAAGAUUGCAAUGCCAGUGAAGCUAGAUUUUCUUCAAAGAAUAUUAAAGAUUUGCAAUUAACAUCUGGUGAUGUUAGCAUUGAUCAGUUUUUGAGAAAAAGAGAUGAACCUGAAUCUGUUAGUUCUGAUGUUAGUGAGCAAGGCAGUAUUCAUUUGGAACCUUUGACUCCAUCAGAAGUGCUUGAGUUUGAAGCCACAGAGAUUCUUCAGAAAGGUAGUGGUGAUCCUUCAGCCAAGACUGAUGAAGUAGUGUCUGAUCAAACAGAUGACGUUCCUGGAGAAAAUAGCCUUAGCACAACAGAGACAACAGGAGACCUGGCAGAUGAAAAAGAAAGAAGUUGAAAUUAAUUAGGCAUUCUAAGUUUUAGUGUACCAACGAUAAGAGCAUUUGGAACAGUGCUAUCAGGUGAGCUCAGUGGUGCUGUUGCAGAGUGCAGAGAUAGAAAAAUGUGAGGGAGGUCAUUCAUACACUUUACCUGUAUAUUCAACCUCGGUUAUUAAAUCAAUUCAUUAAUAGCAUGAUUAGUAUGAAUUUCCAAGAAGUUUUUAAGACAUGAAUAAGAUUUUAAUGAAAGUUAAGUUUGCAAUGAAAAAGUCUCAUUUAUCAGUUUUCGAGGUUAUGGAACCUGGUGGUCAAUAUGAAUUGAAUAUUAGAAUAUUAUUUAUAUUAAUAAAGCUUUUGAAAUUUCCAUCAGUUCUAAACUAAAAGUCCUUAUUACCUGUACAUCCUUUUCAAUUAACUUAAAGGAAGAGAUUUGGAAACCACAUACCUUUUGGGAAUAAUUGAUUUAAAAUAAUGGCCAACUGGCUUUGUUAAUGAAGGUUUCAUUUUGAGUAUGAUACUGGUAAAUGGAGCAUGUUUAGAAUGCUAAAUUCAUUGAUCUAAUGAGAAUUUGGAUGAACAUAAACUUAAUUUUGGAUAUAAUAUUACAUUCCAGACUGCCAGAAGCAUGUAAACAGAAUAUUUGAAUCUGUGUACCUCCAUACAAGUGUUAGCCUGCCAGGCUGUAAGCUUACCUUAAUUAAACUUUCAGUGAAAGUGAAAUUAUUAAAAUAAAAAUUUAUAUUUGUGCUUUUUGUCAGUGUGUAAGCUGUGCAGAAAUCCCUUGAUGUACUAGUUGUAUAAAGUAGAAACCCACUGUUGAAACUCCUGUAGCUAUUAUGCUCUUAAUAUUGUUUUAAUGAUCUUCUUUAGAAAUAGACCCAUAAAAAUGGUCUGGAAACCAAACCAAAGUAUGGAUUAAUGUAGAUAUUGUAAAGCAGUAAACUGAAAACAUGUCCUGGCAUGAAUUCAGCCAUGUUUAAGUGACUUUUUCUGUAAUUGUAAAAUAGAAAAUUCAAAUGGGACCUAAAGCAGGAUGUAAAAAAUUGGUUUGGGAUAUUUAGCCUAAUUUAUCCAUAAGAUGGCUGCUAAAUUGAUUUUUUCAGUUUUUUAUCAUAUAGAAAAUAAUAGAUAUAGAAAUGAAUAAUAUGAGUAACAGUAGUUUGCUUUGACGUACUAACAAACUUUUAUUUAAAAUGCUACAUUUUUACUUCUUAAAAUGUGCUUUGAAUUCUUAAAAUUUUGUUUCACUGAAUGUUAAAUGUUUAAAAUGGCUAUUAAAAUUCUGCUGUAUAUAGUAGUUUUUGAGUAAAUAUUUGCAAUAAAAAUCUGUCCCUGAAUAAUUUUAUUUUUCAGAAAGCUGCUUGAGUCGGAUUACCUUUGGCGCCUCUAGAAAUUGUAUAUUGCUCAAGGAAAUUUCAUGUUAAAGUUAGUGGUAGAUUUUAUUCCAUAUUCUUUAACUGAUGCAUGAUUUAUUUUAAAUUGAGACUUAAAGUACAGGGGGAAGAACUGCUAAUAAUUACAGAGAAUUGAUUUGCUUUACAAAUUCUUCUACUUCAAGAGAAUUAUAAUUUAAUAUUAUAGUUUUCUAUCUGCUCAGUAAAUUAAAGAGGCUAAAUAGACAAAAUAUUUUAUUGACUUAUUUUCUUGAAUAUUUUUGAGGGUGGGGGAAAAUAUUUUUAUCUUUCCUGCUCCCAAGAAAAGAUGGGAUAGAGGGACUUAUUAACUGUCAUCCUUCACCUUGUUGAAACAUAAAUCUAUAGCAGAGAAGACUUUUGGAGUAAAGGGAAGAAAAAGUCUGUGUAAGGACCAUUUUCUGAAUCUCAUUCAAUUAGUUGCCAAGGCUGUUACCUAAUGCUUCAAAAACCUAGAGCACUGUACCAAAAUAAGUCUCUAAGUGACACUGUAGUCCCUUGUGAGCUUUGAGUAGUUCCUUCUCCUGCCCCUAUAUAUUUACAGUAGUGGUACUGAAAGUACCUGAUCAAUGAAUAGUUUAUACCUAUCCACUGUGAGAAAAGGAACCUGUACCAGACUAUAAAUCCUUCAUUGAGAAAGUCUAGCAAUGAAAACAAAAAAAUAGUUGAAGUGAACAUUGUACUUGGUAACAUAGUUGGUUUCUGUUUUCACAUAAUCUCCUUAUCUCAUUUCUGAUCAGGAACAGACAAUUCAGGUAUGCAAACCAAACCUUUGAGUGGCAGUGCUUUAGCACAGUGGUCAGCAGACUUUUUCUCUGUAGAGCCAGAUAGUGAAUAAUUGUGGACUGUGUGGUCACAAUUAUCCAACUCUUCCUUAUAGCUUAAGAGCACCUAUAGACAAUAUGUAAAUGGUAGCCUGUUUGUGUUCCAAUAAAACUUUAUUUACAAAAACAGAAUGUUGGUUGGAUUUGGCCAGGGGACUGUAGAUUGCCACCACCUGCUUUAGAGUGCUGUUUUGUCCAGGCAAAUUGUGCUCAGGGACUGAGAUUUUCUUUGCCAAUAACUUAUUUAACACCAGUUCACUGUGAGAAUUAUAAUUUAUAAAAAUAACAUUUUGCAAGCCGAUACCAUACAAGAUAAUGUCUGUUAACUAGCUAAUAAAGAAAUAACAUACUCCAAACUAAUAAUAGAUUGAUUACACUAUUGUUCUAGGCAAAGAGGAGAUGAAAGAAAGUCCAAAUUUAGUUGAGGUGUACCUUUCCAGGAAUUGGUUGUCUGUAGAGUCAGUCCUUCCAACUAAAAGCUGGGUAUCAGCUGCCAGCGUAGGUCCCUUGCUGCUGGGGCACGUAGCUAGGGGGUGACAGUACCGGUGUCGGUAAGCAAGCUGGGCUGUUCCAAAUGUUAUGACUCCAGGGACCAUUACAUGACUUACACCAUUGCCUACCAGGAGUAGCCUUGCCAAGGCAGGAACAGAUGUCCCUUCUCUUCCUGAGACUGCUGCACAGUUUAACACUGCUGAGGACCAAGAGUGGCCUGGCCAUGGCAGGACCAAGUGUCUCAAGAUCGUCACAGAGCUAUGUAAGUCAGCAAAAGAGUAGCCUUGCCCAGACUAAACACUCUCGGUAAGUCCUCACAAAUUCUUGGUAUUUAAAGUUUAAAUGUCCAUCACUUGAUAGCUGCUCUUCCAUAUGUUCGUAUUGAUUAUCCUCCCCAGCGGCACCCCUUAAUGGCUGAGCUGCUGAAUACUUAUCAACAACAGCAGAUGUUGAUGACAUCAUCCUGGCACAGCUUCCUUAGUGUAAACAAAUUUACCUGUAGAUCAAAACAACUUCACUUAAGUCAUAAAUAAGUGGAUUUGAAAUCAUAACAAACCAAUACACAACAAGCAGUUAGACUUUCUUGAUUGACUAUGAAAGCCAGUGAUGCACUCAAGUGACUCUUUGCCUAAGAACUAACUACCAAGGUGCCUUACUAUAUUAUAGUCUCCUGUUACCUAACAACAGAAUUACGAUUGAUUACAUGUGCAGUUAAGAAACAUUCAUUUUGUGGAUGCACUUUUAAUUUACGUUGAAAAUCUGAAUGCCAUAUUUAUUUAUGUUAUUUCUUCCCCUUUGUAUCUCUCCAAUGUUUUAGGGAGGAAAUUGUAAUUUUUUUCACCGUAUAUAUUUUUAAAGAACUAUUCUAAAAAUUUUUUAAAAGGAACUGACAAGAUAUGAGUCACCUUGUUUUAGCUGUAAGUAAAAAGAUAUCUGGGCAAUUACUUGUCUGAGGUUACAAAGCCAAGAUUUGAACAUAAUUUGAUCUGAUUCUGAAGUUAGUGUUUUCUACCACAGCUAUAGUUCCUAGCAUUUAUACUGAAUGUCCCUUUUUAAAAUAUAUCAGUUUUUGCAAAUAACCCUUCCAUUGAUGGUACUAAUUACAGUUUUAUUUAUUAUUCCUACAGUGAUUAUAUGCAUAUGGAAUGGAGGACCUCUUAACCUAAAGAAGAGGACCUACUGAUCUCUUUUACUAAUAGGAAUUGAGGAAUUUUACCUCAAGAGGAGGGGUUAGUGAAUAUUCUAUUAACAGGAAAGACAGCAUGUGAUUUAAAGAUACACUUUAUAUAAUAAUUAUAAAUGUUUUGACAUCAUUACAUUUUUUUAGGCUUCUGUAAUGUCAUUUUUAAACUAUGGUUGACAUGAUCAUUUUUGUUCCAUCAAACUUGUUACUCCCGGAUCACUCACUUGUACUGACUUCAGUGAAUUAGGACUUUUGUAUGUAUAUAGGCACUAAAAAGAAUUGCAAGUGUUUCAUUUUUACUAGAUUACUAUAACACUGACUUGUUUUUUCAGCUAAAAAAUAAAACACAAUUUACCUAUGUCUAAGCAUUAAAAGAGAAAUGAUUAUUUUAAAAAUAUUGUUUACUAAUGAGGCAUAUCUGCCAAUCCAUGUACACAAAAUGAAUAGUCAAAUAGAUUUUUUUAAAGUCAUGGUAACGUUUAAUUUUCAUCUCAAAAUCUAUAAACUCCAAGAUACUUCACUUGGAUCAUCUUGUAAGGAAUUAAACACAUCUGUAGCAGCAUCUGUAACAUCAUCGAGGGAUGAGGUGUCCUAGGUGAAAUUACUUUUACAGUUAGCUAAAGGUAACUUUUAAUUGCUUUUUAAAAGUAUUAUAAAAUCACUUUUGUUAUUUAAAAGAAUAUACUAUGCAUAAUUUAGUCUUCUUUGAUGACACAGAGGGUCAUCAUUAUGAAGAUUUUUGGACCAAGCUAUAAAUGAAGCUGUAGCUGCAGAUGUUAAUGGCCUGAAUAACUGCUGAUCACAGAGGUGACCUUGGAUUUUGGUUUACAGAAGUAUUUCAGGUACAUCUAGGGUCGCUUGACUUUUCCAAAAACAGAACAGAAAAACUGACUACAUUACUCACCCAAUUCAACCUCUUUUUUAAGAUGAAUUUUCCCUCCUAAAUACUAAGUAAAACCUGCCAUUUGUGGAGAAUUUGGUAACUAUAAACUGUAGUUUUAAGCUUUCAAAAUAUUUUAAGCAUUUAUGCACUGCCUUAAAAACUUGAUUUUUAACUGCUCUAUAUCAGGGGCUAGCAAACUAUGACCCACAGUUGGCUACCUAUUUUUGUAAACAAAAUUUUAUUAGAAAACAGCCAUGUCAUUUGUUUAUAUAUUGUCUGUUGUAGCUUUUGCACUACAACAGCACAGUUGUACAUGACAGAGGCCAUAUGGUCUGUAAGUCUCA